UCUCACCUACCCCCCUGCCGACUCCCUCAAAGAAAAGCCCAAAUCGGCUCAAAUUCGCCACAUCUGAGAGUGAGAGACAUGAUCUGCUGGAAGCUGUGAGGUUUGACCUUACAGCUUAUGGACGGUGUUAGUAAAGCUUGUUGUAAAUCUGAUGUUUUAGUGUUUGUUCCAAGCCACGUCACAGGGGUGUGAGACAGCUUUAAAUCCCGGAGUCCUGAUCAAAUUUCCUUCAAAUCCUAUCCCUCCCCCGGGUCCCUUGUGUGGAUCAAAUCCUUGUCGGUCUCUCUCAUUCUCUCUCUCGCUCUCUUUCAAAUACGUACACACACACAGCUAUUUCAACUCGAUCAUCGCAGCAAGAUGGUAUUCAAAAGUAUUCCGUUUUUUGUCCUUCUAGCCAUCGCCUUGAUAAAUGCUGAAGAAAUGAGUAGCAAGUCCAAGAUUUGUGCCAAUGUGUUUUGCGGUGCUGGAAGGGAGUGUGCGGUGACGGAGAAGGGUGAACCCACGUGCCUGUGCAUUGCAGAAUGCAAGCAUCACAAGAGAGUGGUUUGUGGAAGCAAUGGAAAGACUUAUCGUAACCACUGUGAGCUUCAUCGUGAUGCGUGCCUCACUGGUAUGAAGAUUCAGGUCGCUCACGAUGGCCAUUGUGAAGAAAAGAAGAAUGAAAAAACAGCAGCCAGUAGUCCAGUUGUCUGCUACCAGACAGACCGUGAUGAGCUUCGGCGCCGUGUCAUGGAAUGGCUGGAGACUGAAGUCGUUCCUGAUGGGUGGUUCUCGAAGGGCAUCAACUAUACAAAUAUUCUCAACAAAUACUUCACGAGUUAUGAUGAUGGUGACUCCUACCUAGAUUCUAAUGAGUUCCUGAAAUUCGUAGAACACAAUGAGACUGUUAUCAACAUUACCUCGUACACUGAACAGGAGGACACCAGACUUCUUCGAGGCCUCUGUGUAGAUGCACUGAUUGAGCUGUCUGAUGAGAAUGCUGACUGGAAACUCAGCUUCAAUGAGUUUUUGAACUGCUUGAAUCCUGGUUUUGUCCCACCUGAGAAAAAAUGUGCUUUGGAAGAUGAGACUUAUGAGGAUGGAGCUGAGACUACAGUGGAGUGUAACCGAUGCGUCUGUGCUUGCGGCAACUGGGUGUGUACUGCCAUGACCUGUGACGAUAAAAAUAAGGACAUUCCUGAGGAGCAGCCACAAACAACUGCCGAUGAUGAGAUGACUGAGGAGGAGUGGACAAAAUACGUUCACGAGCUCAACAAGCAUCAGGAGACUGCUGAGAAGGCUGAGAAAGUGAACAUAAAGGAGACCUAAAAAUAUAUGGUGUGGAGAGGAACUAAGUUGAUCUUUAUUUUCUAACCUGUUUCUCUCCAUUCAGCCAACCAGUAAACAUUCGGAACUUCAACAAUCACUACUAAAUAUAUAUAUACAUUAUAAACAGUAUUUUUUGGGCUUUGUGUUGGGGACAAAGGCAGUCCUUGGUUUUAUUCAAACAGACUUCUCAUAAUGUACUGUAUUGUUAAACAAGAGUUUAGUAAAAGAGCUAGCCGUGAAUGGUAAACUGUUGGUUCGAUUGUAACAGCUGCAUAGUCCUGUGAUGGAAGAUGGUGGAAAUCAUAUCCUGCUCCUUUUUAGUUAACCCAUGUUCCUCUGUAUUACAGACAGAACCACGGGUGGAGCUUCAUUGGACUGCACCACCUAGACCAGAAUUCUAGAGAUUAAAGCUUCCCAGUAAGUCCUAAAAUUCUGGGUGCAACUUUGAAUAGAGUGAUGGCAUAAAAAUUACUGAAAAAAUUGAAUUUUCAUUAACUCACAUAGAAUUGUGACCUUUGAACUGGCAGAGUUCAGUGAUGUGGGUCCAUAGUUGCUGUUUUGUUUCUUAAUGCUCAUUGAUAACCAAAGCUUUCAAUUUACCUAGAAUUCUGGUGCCAAAACAACUUUGAUAGAAAUAAGUUAAUACAAGAACACUUUGAAAAUUUAAAGUCAUUUCUUUUCUUGUAAAUAAAUAUCUAAAAUAUUAAUUAGUGAUUACAUUGUCCUUAAUACUCAUUUAUAAAGUGAUUCAAAAAAUCUGUUUGGCUGUUGCUGUGUCACACUUUGGAUCUCUUCAGUUUAGAUACUCAAGUCUUAUUGAUUUUGGGUACCUAAGUUACUAAAAUAUAGUGGGAUAGGAAUUCCAUCGACCUAACAAUUGCACCACUACAAUUAAAGGAAAACACCAUGAAUGCUGGAAAUCAGAAAUGAAAACAGAAGGUGCUGGAGAAACUCCACAGGUCUGGCAGUAUCGGUAAAGAGAGAAACAGAAUUAACAUUUCUAGUCCAAGAUGAUUUCUUUGGACCACUGGACUCACUUUUAAACUCUGUUUCUCACUCCACAGAUGCUGCUCAACCUGCUGAGUUUCUCCAGCAUUUUGUUUUAUUUCUUACUGAACCACCACCUCAGACACAUUUCUUCGGUUCAGUCUUACUUUGGGGAGUUUCUGUCUGUGCUUAGGACACAUUGAAAAGGAAGUGUGGAAAAGCCUGCGAUUGGCAGGUUCUUCUCCUAUCGCAGCAGCUUAUACAGACCAUCUCCAUUUAAUACCAGGGAGAAAAAAACUGUUGCCUUCUGCUAGCUCUGGCACAAGGUGGUACCGAUCAGUCGCCCAUUUGAUGGGUAUCUCUUAAUCUCUUAAGCCUGCCAGAGCAAAGCUGGAUUGCAGUAACAUUUUGGCAUUAAGAAUUGGGAUUGCCCUACCAAUAAUGAUAUAAAAUAUAAUGUAUGAGGCCACUUUUUCACUCCUGUUCUUUUUUGGUUUCCCAACCACAUCUUUGAAAUAAGUUCUAACCAACCUGUUCCAACAUGUUCUUACAAACCACUGGAACAGGUGACACUUGAACGGGGGCUCUUGGCUCAGAGGUACAGACACUACCACUGUGCAACAAGAGCCCUUCAAUCACAUAAUUUAGGCCAUGCAGUUUAAUAUCCAGCAAUGUAACAUUGGAAGAUCACUAUGAGGGUUGACAGGGAUAGCAGCCCAAUGGCCCCUGCUGAUUUUUUCCAUACGCUACUUGUCUGGUCUAUGAUAGAAGAUAUAAUUAGAUUUCUCCCCAUGAUCUGUAGGUAAUGUAGAGGAUUAUGGAAAACUUACCUGUAGCCAUCUUCCGCAAAGGUUUACAAGCACUCUAUUGACAUUUCACAAUGGUGCUACAUUCUUUCUUUCCUUUAUAUUAUAUUAUAUUAUAUAUAAAUAUACUGUAUACACUUUAUGUAUUAUUUGCAGGUUUUUUUUGUAACCUCUGGAGUGUCCAAAAGUUUAUUUAAACUCUUGUAUAUUUCAAAGAACAUCCACAAUGUUGAACAUAUAAAAAAAGUGCCUAAGGACAGAUUGGAAAUUGGUGGUGUUAGUCUACAAUCAGCAUGUUAGGUUGUCAAAUUGCCAUUGUUCCAAUAAAAAGGAGGAAACUGCCUUUUACCAGUAUGCUGUAGAAUGCUGAGAUCCACUUGAAAUACUUGUGAAAAAAUCUGAAAAAGGAAAACUGUACGCCAGGCAGAGUUGUUGUUCUAGAAAUGCUUCCUCUGCAUUUGCAAGAGUCUAUUCAACACUGUAGCAUGAUACUGUAAAUUGAUUAUUACAAUAGUAAAUAAUCUCAAGUAUUCACAACACCAUUGCUGGGAAACAGUGACAUUCUCAAUACCAUAUGAAUCAGCAUCAUUCCAGGUCUAAAUUGAGGAUCAUUUCAACAACAAAAAAAAAUUAUUCUUACUGAGAUUCUGUUCUAUUAUCAAGAGUUAUACAUUCCCAUCCAAAGAGUAAUUUGCAAUGAGUAUGUUAGUGGCUUGAUCUCCAAGUGGACCUUGUAUAGACUGAUAAUGGUGAGGGAAGCACAGGCAUUGCUAAAGGGAAGCUAACAGUGCAUCUUUGUAGCUCUCAGACUUUUCCAAUACUUGCUCAACCUUGGUUUUUCAAGAUAAUACGAGAUGUAAGGAGAUCUGAAUCAAAUGGAGUUUCACGAACUUUUGAGGUGACCCCAAGGAUGCAAUUUGCUGUUUUCAAUAAUCAGAAGGAUGCUUAAAGUGUGAAUAUCAUAGUUUCAGGAAUGGGGUUAUAAGCAACGAUUAAGAGAUGGGAACAAACACUUUGAAGUGUCUUUGGUCUAUUUUUCGAAAGGUAAGAUCAGCUAUUGUAUUCAUGUAUUACCCUAUUAAAGCAAAUGAUUUGAUUUGCUUUUGAAAAAAAAGCACUAUUCAUUGUGUUAGUUUGCUUUUCACCUUACUUUCUCUGGAACUCGAUUGCAGGCUGUGGUUAAUGAAUCUGAUUGAAUAUUAUCAAGACAAACCCACCCCACACCCAUAGGAAACAAAGAUCAUCGCUGAAAAAUAGAUAUUUGUUCAGUUUUUGCAUCCUGACAUGUCAAAAUUUUAUGAAGUGUCAACUUGCAUAUGUUUGCACCGUAUAUUUCUUACUUUCAAUGUUGUUAAUUGUUGUAGGCUCGAAGGCUAUAAUUCUGUGACCUUGUUUUGAACUACUAUCUUAUUGAACCAUAAGAAGAACCAUGUAUACUCCAUGACCAAACUAUCAUAAGAGGAUUUCAUGUAUUGUAGUUUCCUUUUGUACUUCUCUGGCAUUUUUGGGUUUAAUGUCAAUAAAUUUUCUUACAAAAAUGUUUUUAAAAAUCAUGGUUUCUGUUAUUGAUAACCAAAAUUACACUCUUUUCUGUUUUAAUUUUAUCAUUCAUAUACAAUAUGUUUAUGGUAGGAAUUUGUCUCAGGCGGUGGCCAUUAUUAGAUCCGCUGCCUGUUAUAUAAUUAAACUUCAGGCAUUGAGUACAACAAAUACCACCUGAAAACAAAUUUCUACCCCUUAGACUCCAUUUUACCAGAUGAGUAUGAUACAACUAGCUAAAUUGAUUAAAAACUAGCAUAUUGUAUCCUUCUGUCAAUUACUCCACAAGCUUUGUAUCAUAUGUUCAAGAGAGUAAAAUCUGUUUUGUGUCUUGGA